GGCGCCAGCGCGCCCCAGGACUGCGGCCCCGCGGCGGCGGCGCAGCGCUCCAGCCAUGUCUCGCGGCCUCCAGCUCCUGCUCCUGUGCUGCGCCUAUACCCUGGCGCCCGCGACGCGGGAGGUGAAGGUGACUUGUUCGGAAGACGUGGACUUGCCCUGCACCGCCCCCUGGGACCCGCAGGUCCCUUACACCGCCUCCUGGGCCAAGCUUACAGAGGGCAGAGCAGAGAGGAUAGAGGCCCCCCGGGAAGACCUGCGCCCGGGGGAACAGCUCUUCCAGCAGGGCCCAAAUGGCUCUGCCGACGCUCCCAGCGAAAGGCCCUAUUCCCUGAAGAUCCAAAACACAACCAGCUGCAACUCAGGGACAUACAGGUGCACUCUGUGGGACCCGGAAGGGCAGAGAAGCCUAAGCGGCACAGUGAUCUUGAGAGUGACAGGAUGCUUGCCAAAACGUAAAGAAGAGACUUUUAAGAAGUAUAGAGCUGAGAUUGUACUGCUGUUGGCUCUGGUCGUUUUCUACUUAACACUCAUCAUUUUCACUUGCAAAUUUGCACGACUGCAGAGUAUUUUUCCAGAUUUUUCUAAACCUGGCAUGGAACGAGCUUUUCUUCCAGACACUUCCCCAGAUAAACAUUUGGGGCCAGUGACUUUUCACAAGACAGAACUGGUAUAAGCAGGAUUUCCGCGGGUGGUUUUUUCUGAAGUGAAGGGCUCGGUGGUGUGCAAGUCUGUCAAGCCGGAUAGGAGGAGCAUGAGCCCCGCGCUGAAGAUGGCAUCCUUCCUACGAGGUCCUCACAUGACUGGAAAUGUCUGACAGUGGAUCUCAGCCUACUUCUGCGAGCCGGGGCUUGAAAACCACGACAUGACCAGCCAGCGCAGAACCAUCACUACUUCUCCAUGACUACUUUUUAGCGGUUUAUGCGGCCAUCUGGUCAACCUCUUGGACAGUUUUUCAGUCAUAUAAAAGCUACGGUGAGAUGCAGUUGGAGAAGGGUCUUGGGAAACGUGAACGGCCCCAGCUGGCCCUGUGACAGACUCCCGAGGACAGCUGUCCUUCUCCACAUCUGGGGAACAUCUCUUUGAAUUUUGCUGUGUUUUGUUGUACUAGCCCAGAUGUUUUCUGUCUGGGAGAAAUUGACAGGCCAAGCUGUGAGACAGUGGGAAAUAUUUAGCAAAUAAUUUCCUGGUGUGAAGGUCCUGCUCUUACUAAGGAGUAUUAUGUGUACAAAGAAAUAACAGGUCAAUGAACUGUCCCCCAGCAGGGUCUUUUCAUCUGGGACAGACAUCCAUGAAGAAGCAAUAAAGGAGAGCGCCACGUCUAUUUUUAUAUCUGUGUGUACUUGUCAAGGGAGCGUUUGUGUUUUUCUCCUUUUGAAAUCUAUAGUUAGAUAGCAUUGCUAACGGGGGAGCAACCUGACUACGGAGAGGGAGAAGAAGUCGGAGAGGGUGACAGUGGGACAGAGAGCUGUCUAGUGACCUGCCAGGGUGACAGAGGGAUAGAGAGCUGUCUAGUGACCUGCCGGGAACGCUGGGCCAGCCGCGCAAUCUGGGUUCUAGUCCCGGUUGUCCCACUCCUGGCUGUAGGAUCUAGGGCAAGUUCCUGUGGUUUUUGUUUUCUCCGUUGUAAACCAGAAGGUUGUUGCCUGGGUUAAUUAAAAUGACACAUGUGAAAAUGCUUUGAAAAAUUAUAAAGCACUAUACACAUUUGAAGCUCUGUUGGGCCAUUAUCCUCGCUGUUACGAUGGUGUACUGGGGAUGAGAGGAUGCUUCUUAUUUCUCAUGUUUUCCAUCCUUCUGCACAAAGAAGGUUACCAAGAGACUUUCCCAUAGUCUUCUGUGUGAAUUCACUUGGGGAAGUGAGGAGACCAGUUCUGUGGUCUUGAAGCAUCAGACAAAAGUACUUGAAGAUAUGGACACGUGGGAGCCACUGGCAGAAGGGACUUCACAAAAUGGUGCACUGAUGUUUUGGUGGCAACUGUCCAGUUUCUCUUAUCAAACGUGGGCCCUUCCCUUCUUGUUUUCCAAAGAGAUUUUAUGGCUUUAGUAGUGUGUGCAUUGCUCCCACUGAUAUUAGAGAGUAAAAGGGUCACCGGGUUGACUGUUUGCCUCUUUGUCAUUGCUUUCAUGUCAUUAAAGGUGUGCAUGUGAACAGGGA